AUGAAUGUUAUCACGGGAGGAAGGACGAGCUUUUCGGUUGUUCUUCGAUUCCCCGCGGUUUCCCAAGUGAAACGAUUUCAACACCACCAGCAAGGCUCGGGCUCAAGUCACAUCCUCGAUAAGAAUGCAAUCUACGUGCUUUCGUUGCCGUUGACCACCAAGGAGUCGUUCAUCUACUGCAACCACAGACCGGCGUUGCUUUCAGCAACGCAGGCGCUGAAGCUACCCUGGCUCACCAAGAUCGAGGCGAAGCUAGUUGGCGUGGCCACGCGGAUAUGGACCAAGAUGGCUGACUCCAAACUGAGCAUCAACGUCAAGAUUGUCUCACUAGUCAAGCAAUUGCUCGCCAAGAUCCCCUACCAGGAAUCGUGUCUCCAAUCCUUCCCCAGUAAGAGUGCCAUGAUCAGAGAAGUAAACGAAGAAAGCUUACACUUGGUCCACUUGAACAAGGAUGAUUCUCCCGUCAUAGUUCAGUCUGAAGUUGAGAAUUUGCAAAUACCGCUGAACCAGUUGAGCCCCAUCCCGUUGUACCACCCAAGUUUCCAGGACCCCAGCACGAUCAUCCGACAGCUCCACCAUUUCAGAGACCACAGCUUGCACUACCACCGAAAGCAGGCCAUUCUAUGCGCCGUGGGGAUCCCCUUGACGUUUCCCUUGGUGUUGAUCCCCAUCGUCCCCAACGUGCCGGGUUUCUACCUCGCUUACAGGGUCUAUUGCCACAUCAAGGCCUUGAUGGGAGUCAGGAACUUGGACUAUUUAUUAGAAACUCCAACUAAGAAAGACGAAGAAGCUACAGUGGCAGACACAACCCACGUGAGUUUCAAGCUGUUGCUGGAGAUUGCAAAGAUCUAUGACCAAUUCGCGCCCAAGGACGCCAUGGCUGAGCUCAAGCGGGAUGACGACGAAUCCAUGGUGAUUACCCUGGAGGUGAUUGACGAAUUGGCUGAUAGAUUAAACCUUGACUCGCAUGUCAAGGAAGCAUUGACGAAAGCGUUGCAUCUGGAAACCGCUAGGUUGAAAAGGGAGAUCAAGGUGGCCGACCAAGUAGAGUAA